CCACCAAGCGGCUUGCAAGCGGCAACGAAACCAGGAAGUUCAUGACGAAUUACAGUACAUCAUGCUGCAGGCAAAGCUUUAAUAGUUUGAAACUUGAAUCAUGAAAAAAUCAUCAUGGAGGCAUUUGGCAAUAAAACAUUAAUUUAAGCGCCAUUCUAUGUCAACAGGCCAAUCGCGAAUUGAGUCCAAGUUUCUGCAAGUGGAAGUCAACUGCAAACUGAACAAAACAGAAACUACUGUCACUUUCACAAAGAGGAUGAUACUUUUGUCCGUGUUAUAAGCAUAUUGAUGAGUAUCAUGUCACAAACAGACGGAAGCGAAGUGAUUCUGAAGGAGGGACUGUGCAUCAAAAAGAGUGGCAACAGAAACCUACUCGGCCAAUACAAAUGGCAGAAGCGCUGGUUUGUCUUGAUACAGCGAGGUCGGACAGCGACUCUUUACUACUACGACAAGCAAGGCGCCAAAACACCUAAAGGACAGAUACAGCUCAGUAAUAAGUAUGUUACAAGGGAGCCAGAAGGCAAAGAGAGGGAGCAACCGAACUGUUUUGAAGUGGGACCCUUUGCAGAAGAUGGUACAACAAGGACCUACUAUAUCAGCUGUGAAAGUGAAGAUGAUAAACAUGAGUGGAUGGAGGUUCUGGAUGCUGCAAUAGAGGGCGCUUCAGCACAAAAAGCUUUGCUUCGCAAGCAGACAGCCUCCUUCAAAGCUAAGAAAAGGAAAGACAGAGAAAGUAGAAAUUCUCAGCUGGCAGAGAAGAAUGAAUUCAGGAGAGACAUGUACUUGGAUGCAGAGUGGAGAAAGCAACAGUGGAACAACCUGUUGGCCUUGGCAGUUGGCAAAAAUUGGAAGAAAACAGACACCAAAGAUGGUGUGACAGUCAGCAGAAUGAGUUUCAGUGAUCUGCCACUUGCUGUGGUCAAGGUUGAGGGUGUGAUAAAUGCCAGGUGCAGGCAUGUCUACAGCUUCAUACAGAGAGCCAUACGCCCUGGUGGGAAACUGGAUUUCCCAUUCAGAGGUGCAGAUGAUGUGCUGGAAGAGUUCACGAUUCCACCAAGGGGUACCAUCAUGGACUGUUACAAGGAGAUCAAGGUCCUGCCCAACACCAGUCCCCGCCGAAUGACCCUUCUGCAGAUGUUCGUGCCCCUACAACUGACCCAAGGUGAAUCCUGUGGGAUACUCAUCACAUCUGUCCACCAUCCAGACAGUCAAAAGAAACAGGGUGCUGUCUCCUGCAAUAUGGGCUUGUCUGGUUGCAUCAUCAAACCACAACAGAACCCACAAGCCAGCUUGUCGACCAAUCCCCCUCCUGACACAGAGGAAGACAGUGCCAGCGAGGAUGAGGACGGGCUCCUUCCACCAUGCAGGGCAGGGAGGUCAGAGGUCACCCACCUAACUUUGCUGGGUCAGAUCAAUCUGCAAGGGUCACUGCAGCCAAUGCUGAAGGGAGCCUACAAGUCAGGGCUGCUUGUGCAUGGCAUGCGGGCGUUCUUCCAAAACCUGACCGAGCACAUCUACAGCUAUGUCAAGAUAGUGGAUGUCUGACAUGUAAACAAAAUCAGGACAAAGAAUGUGGUUCUGUUUUGGAUAAGCACCAGGUUUGUGCGGUCUUUCCUUGGCAGCAUAAUGAAAAAUGCACUGUUUUGAACUUACUGCUAUAAUAAUAAGGGAAUUUCCUAGAUAAUCUCUUACCUUUCUCAUCAAGACCAGAUUUGGUUGCAAAACUAUAUACAAUGAAUAGCUACUGCUUCUUUAAAAGAAUAUGUAUGGUAGCGAAGUAUCUGGAUGGAGGGUUGUGAACUUGUUGCACAGGGGUUGCCCUAAGAAGUUGUCGAUCAGUUCAUGCGGUGAUGGACCCAACCCAGCAAAAGGGUUCCAAUGUCACUGAAGUCGUUUCAUCAAAUCCAAACAAGCACAGGGGUGUCAAACAUUGUUGUAUGUCAAAUUUAUAGCUCAGCACUGGUGUGCUCUGUGAAAACAAGCAUGAGAAAACUUGUUUACUUGAUUUAUCCACACAACUCUCUGUAUUUUACAGCUUUUGGUAUCAAUGUAUUCUUCUCAUUUUAAGAUUUCAACAUUUAUUUGGGCAAACCUAGUAUCUGCCCCAACACCCUUUUUACCAUUGAAAGCUGCAAAUCUGUUAAGUGUGUUUAAAUUCUUCCAAACAUGCCCUCUUUUGCUGAGAAAAAAAGAAUGAUAUAUUUGAACUGACAACUUUUCUUUUCUGAAAGCAAUAUAAGUCAACUUUGUUAAAAUUACAGUUCAUUUAUUGAUUCGUCAAUACGAAUUUCUGUUAUUAAAUUUAAUGUGAAUUAGAAUUUCUUUAGUUGAAAACUGCAAAUCGAGUGAGUGUGUGAUUUUUUCAAACAUGACCAUUUUUGCCAGGGAAAGGAUAUUUGAACAUUGUUGAAUAUUUUUGGAUGUGUAUUUUUUUCAAGUCAACAGUUUUGCUAGUAUCAAAAGAAAUAUCAGAUGAACAUCCGAAUAAAAGUUUAUUCAUUAAUGAUUUGUAAUGAGAGUUUAGUUCUUACUUUAGUAUUUGCUUAUAUGAAUUCAGUUCUAAAUAAAUGCUACCUGUUCACGUUUCUUAGCAGAUCAUGAAAUAUUUGUAAGCUUGCAGGAAAUGACGGAUACAAAUUCAGUGCACAAUGUUUCAGGUUUUUUAAGUAAAAGUCCUUAAAUUGAUCAUAUUCCUUUGUAGAUCAAGUACGUAUAAUGUUUAGUUUAUUCUAUGUAUAUUGAGUGUCCAAGAGUGUGAUAUUUCAAGAAAAUUGAGCUGUUAGUUGUUAUGAAAAACAAGAAUUAUUUUUGUAUUGUGAAACCGUAGCAUCGAUGACUGACUAAAUUUUAGAAAUUUUCAGGUUUAUACUUAUUGAAAAAAGUUGCAAUAAAGUGUAGAAUGGCAGAAAUCCAAAUACACAAAGAUGUAGUAAAAUGUAGUAUCAAACUUAUUUUGGCUGACAUGGUUGACAGUCUGUAGUUGUGGUAAAUUUUGCAACACACUGUCCAAUUAAGUGAACACCUGUAGUCCAGUCCAUUCUACAUGUAUGUAUAAUCUCUUUCAAAAUUCUAAUCGAGGUUAGGACAUUUAGAUGCAAAAAAUAAAAAUUAGUUGAAACAGUACAAUUUUUUAAA